AGGUAUGUUUUAGAAGUAAUUGUACGCCAGUUGCAAUUAGUCAAUGCGUACAAAUUACCAUCCAAAAUGCAGGUACCAUGCUGUUUCCUAGAAAUUCGCGAUAUGACAAUUUUUCGAAAACUGGCUACCUAUAUAAAUCGGCAUUUACCUCGACGAUUUUCUUUCUCAGCAGAAGUUCAACUUUCGUGUAUUUACUUUCUGCUGCUAUACUUACUAUACUGAGCUAACGGUAUUUCAUACUUUAUUUGCUGAGUGGGUUUCAUCUCUACAAUGAACAAAUCAUUCGCGCUGUUCGUGCUCGCUUUGGGCCUAAUAUUGGGUUCAUCAAAUGGAGAAAACAUGGAAAAUCAAGAGAAAGUCGAAUCAAACCCAUCCAUGAGCUGCUUACUUUAUGGAAACAAAGGCUGCAAUAUCGGAUGUGUCAUAACGGGCCAAUUGUUCCACUACCAAUCUCGAGGUAUCUGCGACUCAAACCAACUCUGUACCUGUCUGACUCAAGGAAAGACUGAAUUUCGUGAUUUGUGGAAAGACAGAUUCAAUUCCGAAUACGUUUUCGAUAACAUCAGCCGUAACAAACUGGUUUAUAAUAAUGUUUUCGGAAUAUUCCGAAAUAAUAUGUUCAAAACCAACGAAGAAUUGAAACAAUCACUCGAAUAUGCCAUCAGCCCUUACCAGUUUUCAAUACUUGAAACAAAUAGUCAAAAUCCUGCUGCCAGGUACACUAAGGAUGGUAAAUUUGAUAAGGAGGCUCUUCAGAAAUACAUCAGUGAGAAACUGGAUGAAGAACUGAAAUCAGAGUGUGGUAAUGCUUUGUUAGACGUGAAAUACAGAGAGAUAUUCAAAAAAACAUUGGAAACCUAUAAACAGUGUAAAGGUUCCAUGUUUAAUUACACAUUUAAAGUAGAACAACUGAAAAAUACGUAUUUGGAGAAUAUUUUGGAAAAGUUUUUCGAGGAGAAUAAUAUGGAAAAACCCAAGGUCGAAAUUCCUACCGAUCACGAGCCAAUCAAUAGAAUUGUGGGAAAUAUUGUUGUAAAUGAAUUAAUUAAUCAGACCGAAGAAAAUUUUUUUAAAGAUGAAAAGCCAUCCCUGAGCUGUCUACUUUUCGGAAAAGAAGCCUGUCAUAUCGGAUGUACCCUAACUGGUCAAUUAUUCAACUUCAAAUCAGAAGGUGUCUGCGAUCAAAAUAAUAUCUGUACUUGUCACAACCACAGAAAUAGUAAACUCAGCGAUACAGUUCCUAAUGUACAGCGUACCAAAGAUGGCAGAUUUGACGAAAGUUUCCUUGAGGAAUACGUCACCGAAAGUCUCGACGAUGAACUGGAAUCAGAAUCAGCUAAAUCCUUGUUGGAUGUAAAAUACAAAGAGAAAUUCAGGAAUGCGUUGGAAAACUCUAAAAAUGAAAAAGGUUUCGCGUUUGAUUACACCUUCAAAGUAACAAAGCUUAAAAAUGAAAAUUUGCAGAAUAUUUUUAACGAGUUUUUUAAUGAGAAUAAAAUGGAGAAACCCGAUUUUGGAACUGCUGUCGGUAGUGAAAAUGAAGAUCCAAUCGUCCGUGUCAAUGAUUUUAUUGUAAAUGAAUUAAUUAAACGAAUCGAAGAGAAUUCCAAAGAGGAAAUUGAUAAAGAUGUAAAUCCAUCCCUUAGCUGUAUCCUAUUCGGAAAUGAAGUCUGCGAUGAUGUUUGCGUUUUAUACGCCAGAUUGAUGAAAUUCCAGUCAAAAGGUGUCUGCGACUCCAACGAUAUCUGCAACUGCCACAACUUCAAAGGCAGAAAAAUCAGCGACAGCCAACGUCCUGCUGUGAGGCGGGUCAAAGAUGGUAAAUUUAAUGAAAAGGCUCUAGUGAAGUUCGUCACCGAGAAUGUGGAUAAAAAACUGAACUCCGAAUCUGGUAAAUCUUUGUUGGAUGUAGAAUACGUUCAAAAGUUUCGAAAGGCUUUGGAAAAAUCAAAAAAUGAAAAAGAUUUCGUGUCUGAGUACAACUUCAAGAUUACUCAGCUUAAAAAUAAAACUUUGGGCAACAUUUUUAACAAGUUCUUGAAGGAUAAUAAAAUGAAGACACCCAAUUCUGGAAUUGUGGAAGUUCCUGAUGAUAUUUAUACAAUUCUCUUGGUCGAUAAUACCAUUAUAAAUACUAUAAUUGAUCGAAUUGAAAAUAAGAGUAAACCUUCUCAAAAAUCAUCCACAGUAGCGCGCAAAAAAACACGUGUGGCUGAUACCACGUCUGCAGGUGUCAGGAAAACUCUAGUGAAACGAUCCUAGUUUUUAAAUGUGUGUACCUCAUCGCAAAUGAGAUUUUUUUCUUGUUUCCCGAAAUAAAAUGAAUUAUGAAUUCUU